AACCGCUCUCUCGAGGAGCCAGGGAAAGUUUCGCAUUCAUGGAGGUGGAGGCCGCUCCGUCGCCUGGAGAGGCCGGGCCUCCCGAAUUCGCCGAUCUGGAGGAUGCUGGGCCUCUGUUGCUGGUCUCCCGCUUCCUCACGGCCCGUGAGCUCCUUCACGCGUUCUACCUGGUGUCGAGGCGCAUGCAGCGAGCGGCCACCGACGCCCAGCUGUGGACGGCUGUCGACACCGGGGCGCUGGGCUUGACAAUCAGGCAGCAGAAGGUGCUGCUCAAUAGACUCGGUGGGCGAGAGUUCUGACACACGCAUGAUGUGUGUGUAUGCCUCGCCUGUCGAAUCAUGGUGUCUUGUUCCUCUGUGUCUGUGUGUAUGUGUGUGUGUAUGUGUGGGUGUGGUCGUGUGGCAGAUGACGCCUGCUAUCGGCAGAUGCGUCGUUUGGUGUUGGCUGGGCAUGAGGGCGUCGAGCACGUGGCUGCGGGGGUGAGGGAUGUGCUGCAGACGUGUCAGCUGCAGCGAUUCAGCUGCCCAGGUACAUACGUCUGUCUGCUGCCAGCAUGAAAAUAUUGCCCCCAUCCACAGCACCGACUGAGCUGUGGUUGUCUUGCAGGCCUGCUGGACAGCGACCAGGGCCCUCUGCUUCUAUCGUACCUGUCGCAGCUGCCCAACCUGCACACACUGGAGGUGGCCCGGCACCCCGAGUGGGUCGACAACACCCCUCCCGUCCCGAUGGCCCCGGCACCCGCACCCAUGGCCCUCGUCAUGCGCCGAUACACUCAGUGCGUGUGGCCGGCUGACGACGGGUUGUUUCAGCAGCUCGUGUACGUCAACAUCAGCGGAUUGGCACUGCCCAUGACCGACAAUAGAGACGUAAGCCGGAAGAGAGAGCACAGACAUCCCUUAGGCAGCGUCUUCGCCCCUCUCUCUCUCUCUGUGUGUAUGUGUGUAUGGUGGUGUGCGCAGCGAUCUCGUUUGAUGGAGUUGUUGCUGCGUCUGCCGCGGCUGGAGGAGAUCAACGCCCGCCCACCGCACAGCAGACCCGAGGAACUCUACCUGGCAAGGCGCUGCAACAUGGUCAGUCACCACACACACACACACACACACCAUCCACAGAUGUACAUGUCAACGUGCGUGUUUGCGUGUGUGUGUGCGAUGUAUGCAGCGUGCAGUGACUCGCCAGAUGUCGAGAGCUUUGCUGGAUCAAUUCGCCGCCAUCAAGGAGGCCGAGAGGCGCGACGGGGCGGCGGCUCGGCGGCAUGUCCGUGUGAACAUGUUUAACGACGGGCGCUUGCCGAGGCGCAUUGUCAUCCUCUGCACACAGUGCAAGUGCGUAUUGACGUGUUGACGUGUUCGUUGAAGGGCGGGUAUAAACAGAUAAAAAGAGAUGCCCCCCCCCUCUCUCUCUCUGUGUGUGUGUGUGUGUGUCUUGCAGGCGUGUGUUGUUCCACUGUGAGGGCACGUAUGCGAUCGCUAGAGGGUCCCAGCCACACAUCGACAUCGGUACACACACACUUUUCUGCAGUUUUAUGUGCGUGCACAUGAUUGUUACAAGGACGGCCGUGCGUGUGAGUGAGUGCAGAGUUGUAUGUGUUUGGCGACACCGUCAUUCGCACCAACGUAGUCGGCGGCCUCUUCAACCAGAAAUACGCCAAGUCAUGCGCAUCCAAGUGCCACGAACGGUACGCACACCGCCACACACAUCCGCCGCAGACAGACAGACGUGUGAAGUGCAUAUCUCUGUCUGUCUGCGUUGCCUGGCAUGGCCUGCCUGCAGCCACCAUCUGUAUCUGCUCGCGGACGAGGAGUCGCCCAUCGAGACACACGGCUUCACAUACGGCGUGGCCUGUGGCCCCAGCCUCGCCAUCUUCGCAUCCACCAACGACCACCACCCAUCACCACCGGCAUCUGCCACCACAUCCAUCAGCACCAUUACUGCAUCCGCACACCAGCACCAGCAGCAGCAGCAGCCGGAGGUGCCUGCCAUCCGUUUGGAGCGGUCUGCAGCGUCCCUUAUCGGGCCGAGAGGUCUGUAUGUGAGUGACGAUGAGCUGCGGUCCGGCAGGGACGAGUUCGCGGCCUUCCUGCAGGUGGCGGGGUCGGCCUCAGCUGUCAGGAGGUACUUGCAUUUCCGCAUUCCUGAAGAACUCUCGAAUCUGAAUGUGUGUGGGUCCUGUGUGUGUGGCUGCCCUGUGUGUGCAGGUACGAUGCGGCAGCGCCGCUGGCGCCUGGUCUGCUGUGGGCCCUGCAGGCGGUGCAGCUGCUGGGGGGCGGCGGGGAUGGUGGAGGUGGAGGCGGCGGGGAUGACGGGGCCCAUGUGCAGAACCUCAACGACCUUGUUGGAGGAGACAUGUUCGACGACGAUGACGAAGACGAUCUUGACGACAUCGAUGAGGACGAGUGGCCCUUCAUGCUCGACGAUGACGAGGAUGAUGGCCAUCAUUUCGAGGAGGAGGAGAAUGGCUGAGUUAGUUGGGC